GUUAACCACAUCUCUCAGGUCAAAUAGAUCGAUCAUUUUAUCUAACGAGAAGUCCCAGUCCAACAUUUGAAAAUUAUGCACCAAAAUUAUACAACAGAAACAUGAAAAGUGCGACAAGAUCAUUCAUGCUACUUCUCGUGGUUUUUCAGCCUGUCUUUUAAACAUUGUUUCUCUGAUACUAAGCUAGACAGCCGGAUCCAAAAAAUGGGGACCUCAUGUGCGGGUUUAAGCCGAAUUACCCUGGGAGGGAAACAUGAAGAGGGGCAGAAGAUGGGGUAUCUUGCCAGCCUCGUAUCCAGCCUGCUGACAACAACCGCGAAUUGCAAAUCGAACAAACGUGCGUUUGCGCGAAUCUUCCAGGAGAAUUUCGAAAGAGAUUCAAAUCACAACGAUCUCUGAAGUGUGAUUGUUGAAAAUGACAAGUUUUCUUGAUAAAAUCAAGAGGUUCUUUAAGCGUGAAAGAGACAACAGUGAGUGCUGCGAUGGUACAGCGAAGCCUAGUAAAAGAGCAAGAUAUGUUACUACACCAGCCAAUGUGAAAUUCAGUCCAAAGCAAAUUCUUCAAAAAAGAGUGCAACGCAGUUUCUAUGUCCUGGAUGAGUUAUUACAAGUGACUGAAGACAGAAAUUAUGAAUUCAAAGCUGGUGGACUUAUGUUGAAAAGUAACUCACUAAAAGAAUACGUACAAAAGUAUGGAAGUGCUUUCCUCAAUUCGGAAGGUGGUGUUCUUCUUGGAGGUGUCCGUGAUGAUGGCAGGGUCAUUGGUGUUUUCUGCAGUCAUUCAAUUUCAACUAUGGUUUACUAUACUAUUAAAGAUGAAUUUGCUAAAUUUCGGCCUCCUGUGCAAGAAGAUAAAUACAGGAUCGUUUUUAUGCCUGUUCAUGAUUACAGAGGUCGUGCUAUUACUGCAUGCAAAGUUAUAGAGUUGCACAUCUACAAAGGUGAUAAUGAGUUCCUCUAUGAAUCAGGAAAUCAUGAGGUUUUCAUAAGGAGAGACGGAGGCGUGCAGGGGCCAUUGCGACCGUUGGCAAUCAAAGACGUGCUGGAGCAGAAAUAUCAAAAGAUUUUGACACAACGUCGUCUUACCACGUCUACCAAAGAGCAGUUGAACGUGCAAAAAGAGAAUGCAAAUCUUUCAGGAAACUCCCGUGAUUCUGCAAAAGCGAUUCCGCAAUCUUCAGCAGACACACAAGAAGAAAACUACAAAGAAACUUCUUCAAUCAAGCGCACUGUGACGAGUAAGCCAGUGGAGGACUCAGUAUCGUCAUCGUCUAAAACGUCUGAUUCAGAACGUAGUAGAAAAGCGUCUGAUCCAGAAUGUAGUAGAAAAAGAAAGGUCCAGUUCGUUGACCUUACGCAAACUGACAGUGAUGAAGAUAAGAUUAAACCAGUCAAAAUCAACCGUACUUUUAAAAGGUUCUUUGAUGAUGUCAGAACCAGGUUUCGUCGAUGAAAUGUGAAGAAUAGUGAAUUCUUUCCAUGUUUGUAUCAUUGAAACAAUACUGGAAGCUCUGUAUUAUAUUGCAAUUUCUGUUGGAGUCAUCUCCGUUUUGAAUUAUUUCAUAGUACUUCGAAUCUCUUUCCCAUUUAUCACGAAUAGUUAGGCCUUAUAAAUCUUUUAAAUGCUGAUUUUCCUUUUGUAGUAAAAUACUAAUUCAUACAAUAUAUUUAAGACUUUCAAUUUCAUAUUGAAUUUCAAUUAGAACUUGGAUUCAACCUCCAAGUUUGACAUUGAACAGAAUGAAAAUGACAAAGUGAUUGCUGCAUACGAUAAUGAUUAAUUUGAUUUUGUCCUUCAUCGUUACCAGCUACAAUAUGGCUGAGGCCAGUUCGUAAUCCUUUAAGACAAAUGGGUUUAUAUGUCAUGUUUUCUGUCUCUUCUUGCAUUGUCGUUUUGCACUCUGCAGAAGGUCGUAAACUUUGCUUUAUGUAGUUUAUGUAAAAGUAGCUUAAUGCCUCAAGUAACUUUACCUAAAUAAAAUGCUUUGUUCGUUCUAAUUUAGUUGGAAAAAUUAUCCAAUAUUGAUCUGUAUUUCGUAAAUAAAUGAUUACAAAAGAGAGUUUAUUUUAUUAAAUUUCCUCAAUCAAGUGUACAGAAAAUCACCCUGAAAAAAGAAAUCGGGUUUAGUAGAGUUGUUAUUUUAUAUUUCAAUUUUGUUUUAAUUGUUUGAAAUGUUAAUAAUCUUUUCAAAUUGUUUUGUUUGAUUUCUUCCUGUGACUUUUCUUGACAGCUUCUAACUUUGGAGAUGCUAUGUUUACAAAUAGCAUGAAUUUUGAUUCAGUUGUUCUUCUCGAAUUACUCUUACAGGGAAUGAAACGACAAAGAUUCCUCUAAUAAGUAUUUCCCAUUAAACUAAGUGGUGUAGAUAUAUAAAGAUGUUUCUCCCAAAUAUUGACUCCCUGAUAUGACAUUUCAUUUGAU